UUCAAGGCAUUUAUGUCAUCAGCACAACGCAUUCUCCUAUCUUAUUAGUAUCUAUUUUCUCUAACCCUCAGUUUCUUUCUAUCUUCUUUCUUCCUCUCUUCCUGCAACAGAAAACGAUGGACAGACGCAGCCGGAAACAACCCAAACUUACCAUUUUUGAGUCUGAAGAGGUUAGCAGUAUUGAGUGGGAAUUUGUUAAGAUGACUGAACAAGAACGAGAUCUCAUCAAUCGAAUGUAUACGCUUGUUGGAGAGAGGUGGGAUUUGAUAGCUGGGAGGAUUCCGGGCCGAAAAGCAGAAGAAAUAGAGAGAUUUUGGAUAAUGAGACAUUGUGAAUGGUAUGCUCGGAAAAUAAAAUUUGGAUGUUAAAAGAGAAUUCUUUGUCGUAUUCUAUAUUUUUUACUUGCUCUUUCUUAAGCCAUCCCUGUUACUCGGAACAUCUCAGGCUCUGCUCAUUUUUCUUAUUCGAAUGGAUGGUUUCUUCAGAAUAGUCUAUACACUAGACUUUUCAAUCGAAGAAUCUCAGAUUAUUUAACAUGUACUAACAAAAUAAAUAUUUUAAUUUAGAAGAACUUUGAAGCAGAUAACGUAACCAAGCAACAUUUUGAUUU